AUGCUAUCUUCUGAUCCAUCAACCUCUCCCAUGGCAACCUUCAUGAAGCAACUCUUCCAGGACUCGCAGAUCGACCCAAUCCGCGUGAAGCUAGCUCAAGACCCCGCCGUAAGGACAACCAAGAAACGCCGCAAGGCACCCGUCAAGCAAUGCAGUGCUUCCUGCAGCCGAUGGGUCAGCAUUCCAAGUCGAAAGUCUCUUGGUUUGGACGACGACGAGGAGGAGCAACUCCCGUCUCCUGUAACGUCUGCCAUUGACAUGAUGAGAAGAGGUCGGGAGCGGAGGUGGCGGGAUGCGCCGUCUUCUUCUUCUUCUUCUUCUCCUCCUCCCCCUGCUCCGCUGCUGAGGCGAUGUAUGUCCGACAUGGAUGCCGGCGUCUUGUCCAGAAGUCCAAAGAAGUGCGCUUUCGAGCAUGGUCCUAGAUUGCCCGUACGAAGAUCCAGCUCUCAAAGUGACAUCCAACAAAUGAGGUCAAGGCUGGACCUGUCGCUGCGACUGCAAAGGGACCAGGAAGAACGCGACUCCAGAAGGCCAGCGCCCAAGUUUGACUCUCCAACACUGCCCAAACGAACCUUUAGCGGUGGCCCUGGAGGACUCAGCUUGGUCUGA